UUGUCUUCUCCUUAUAUGCGCGUUCGAUCGAUCUUCCACAGUCACCUCACGGCGCCGCGCGCAGAGACAGAAAGGCAGCUAAAGGCGCCGCUAGAGCGUACUGAGCACGUACAGUUCAUAAUGGGGAACAGCUUGAGGUGCUGCCUGGCGUGCGUGCUGCCGUGCGGCGCGCUGGACUUGGUCCGGGUGGUGCACCUCGGCGGCCGCGUCGACGAGUACUACUACGGUGUGUCCGCCGCCGCCGUCCUCGCCGCACACCCCGACCACGUGCUCACCAAGCCCUGCGCCUCGUCGUCUUCCUCCUCGUCCUCCACGUCCACGCCGGCCCGGAUACUCGUCGUGCCGCCGGGCUCCGAGCUGCGGCGCGGCGAGAUCUACUUCCUCGUCCCGGCCGCCUCCGUGAUGUCCGCCGCCGACGCCAAGACGAAGAAGAAGCCGAGUGCCGAUGCCGCCAUUGCCGGCGACGCCGACGGCCGCCGGAGGAACCACCACGUCCGCAGCAAGUCGGAGGGCAGCGGCGCUUCUUCGUCGUCGUCGCCGGAGACGACGAAGGGUCAGGACACGUCGGCAGGUCAGCAGCAGCAGCAGCAGCACCGGAGGCGGAUGAGCACCGGCAGCCACGCGGCGCCGUGGCACCCGCACCUGGCGCGCAUCGCCGAGGACCCCCCGCUGAAUACAUGAUCGGGCGAUCGGCCUUGAUAUCCUGUUUCUGAUUUCCGGUACACGUAAGCGCGGUGUCUUUUUUCCUUUUUCGUGUCGUGUAUUAUAUGCAUUUUCCUGCGUCCGAAGAGCAGUUGCGUUGGAAUGGAAGUAAUUUGGCCAUCGAUGAACUGACGCAGUA